GAGAGCAAGGCAGACCGGACCGGAAGCGCUCAUGUUCUCCCGUGUGGUGUGAAGCUGGAGCACGCAGCCCGGAACCCGCCACCCCUCCGCUGGGCUGGACCCGAGCAGCCCGCUCUCUGGACCGAUGUCCUGGCCGAAAUGUCCCGCCACAUCUACAUACGGAACAAGAUAGGCGAGGGCAUCCAGGCGCCCAUCUUUCAGGUGAACAGAGGCACUUAUUCCCGGAGGAGCCGUCUCAAGAGGUCGGAUGGAAGCACCACCUCCACCAGCUUCAUCCUCAGACAGGGCUCAGCUGAUUCGUACACUAGCAGACCAUCAGACUCAGAUGUAUCUCUGGAGGAGGAGCGGGAGGUGCAGGCCCAGGUCCAGAGCCAGAGCCCAAGCCAGAGCCAGGGACCGGGACAGAGCCGCCAGGAAAGGGAGCAGCAGGCCGCCGUUCAACUGGAGAGAGCCAAGACUAAACCUGUGGCGUUCGCUGUGAGGACCAACGUCAGCUACUGCGGUGCGCUGGAUGAGGACGUCCCCGUGCCGGCCACAGCCAUCUCCUUUGACGCAAAGGACUUUCUCCACAUAAAAGAGAAGUUCAACAACGACUGGUGGAUCGGCCGGUUGGUGAAGGAGGGCUGUGAGAUCGGCUUCAUCCCCAGCCCUCUGAAGCUCGAGAACAUCCGGCUUCAGCAGGAGCAAAAGAGAGGACGAGUCCAAGGUAAGUCUGGAGGGAACUCCUCUUCCAGUGUGGAGGAUGAGGUUUCUGCCUCUAUCCGACCACUCAUAUCUUCAGCAGGAAAGCAGAAACAGAAAGUGACUGAGCACAUCCCCCCAUACGAUGUUGUUCCCUCCAUGAGGCCUGUAGUGCUGGUGGGACCCUCGCUAAAGGGUUAUGAGGUCACAGAUAUGAUGCAGAAAGCACUCUUUGACUUCCUAAAGCACAGAUUUGAUGGCAGGAUAACUAUAACCCGAGUCACAGCAGAUAUAUCAUUGGCCAAGAGGUCUGUACUCAACAACCCCAGUAAGAGGGCCAUCAUCGAAAGAUCCAACACUCGCUCCAGUUUAGCCGAGGUGCAGAGUGAGAUCGAGAGGAUCUUUGAGCUGGCCCGCUCCCUGCAGCUGGUGGUGCUGGAUGCCGACACCAUCAACCACCCCACCCAGCUGCUCAAGACCUCACUGGCCCCCAUCAUCGUCCACGUAAAAGUCUCCUCGCCUAAGGUUCUGCAGAGGUUAGUUAAGUCCAGAGGGAAAUCCCAGAGCAAACACCUGAAUGUCCAGCUUGUGGCAGCAGACAAAUUAGCCCAGUGUCCACCGGAAAUGUUUGACAUCAUCCUGGAUGAAAACCAGCUGGAGGAUGCCUGCGAGCACCUGGCUGAAUACCUCGAGGCUUACUGGAAAGCGACCCAUACCUCGAUGGCCACCCCCCUAAACCCCCUGCUGGGGCGUAACCUGGGCCCCACCACGCUCACCCCUUACCCCACCAGCAUCUCUGGCCUGCAGCAGAGUCAACGAAUGCGGCAGAGUAACCACACAGGCGACCAUUCUACCCCCAACGAGCGGCGCAACCUGAUGACAUCGGAUGAAAAUUACCACAACGAGCGAGCACAUAAGGGACGGAACCGCAUGUCUUCGGGCUCCCAGCACAGCCGGGAGCAGCAGGACCCCUACCAGGACUACCAGGACCCCUAUCAGGAUGCCUACAAGCCACAUCGUAACCGCAGUUCCCCGGGCAGCUACAGCCACGACUCCCGGCACCGGCUC